AUGAGUACCUCGACAGUGUUCACGAAUGGGCGCAUUUUCUGUUCGAAUACGCCUCAGGACGUCUUCGCUUCGGCCAUGGUCAUUGCGGGGCAGCAGAUCACCUAUCUCGCCGACGACGACGAACGAGUUACCCAAGCUAAAGCUUCAGGAUCCUGCAUAGAUCUUGAGCAAAAGCUGGUCCUGCCUGGAUUUAUCGACGGCCACGUCCACAUCCUCCAGUUUGGUCUGUCUUUGCAGAAACUGGACCUGCUAAAGUGCCGAUCGCUGGAUGAAAUUCGGCAUGAAAUCACCAUCUACGCGAAAGAAUUCCCACAGGAACCUCGGAUUCUCUGCAGAGGUUGGAUUCAAUCGGUGACGGAAGGCCAAGCACGCGCGACAAUGUUAGAGCGAUCUCGAUCCCAGGCCAAUCUACAUCGAAGCCUUGGAUCUACAUUCUACUUGUUGGGCGUCAACUCGAUAGGAGAACCCCCCGGGGGCAGAAUUCAUCGAGAUGCCCUGGGGCGUCCCUCCGGGUUGCUCGAGGAGGCAGCCCAGUUCAAUAUUGUGUGGCCCUUCCUCGACAAGGUCGCAUCAAUGGAGAAAAAGCUGGCCGCUUUGGAGACUGCGUUCCAGGCUCAUACGCAAGCAGGGUAUACGGGUCUGGUGGACAUGGCGAUGGAUGAAAAUAACUGGGAGGCUUUGAAUAUGUACCGCAAGCAGUAUGGGGAACCCCCCUUCCAUAUCGCUGCAUAUUGGUUGGUCCCCUUCUCUCAUAACGAGUCGGAAAUCACGAGAUCCAUCGACCGCGCGGCUGCUCUGCAUAGCCAAUUCAACUCAGCACACUCACGGUCCAUCCGGGUUUUGGGUAUCAAGUUGAUUCUGGACGGAACCGUUGACGGAUGCACCGCCGCGCUGCUUCAACCUUACGGCGGGUUAGCAGAUCUGGUCGAGCCCAUUUGGCCCCAGUCUUUCCUGGCAUCAGCCAUCCGGCGAGCCACACAAUCCGGGCUGCAAUGUGCGCUUCAUGCCAUAGGUGACCGCACUGUCCAGGAAGCGAUUGAUUGCUUGGCGGAGAUCCCUCACGCCCGGGAACGCCGACCCCGUAUCGAACAUCUGGAAGUCACUACUCGUGCCGACGCGAAGCGGCUUGGGGAUAUUGGGAUCAUCGCAUCGGUUCAGCCUGUUCAUUCCGACCCCGCGACCUUUGAAGCCUGGCCUCAGCUGAUCGGCGAUGAGCGUUGUAAGCGAGCGUUCGCGUAUCGGGAUUUUGUAGACAAUGGCGCCCCUCUCGCGUUUGGAACCGAUGCUCCCACCGCGAAGCAUUUACCCCUUCCUAAUCUGUACAAUGCGACCACGCGUCGAUCUGCCCUUGAGCCCACCAUGCAAGCAACGGUCAACCCGGAAUUCGCAUUGCCCUUAGCGACCUCUGUGUGUGCUGCCACGUCAGGCGCCGCCUUCGCGAGCUUUUGCGAAGGAUGGACCGGUCAGUUGCAGCCUGGAAUGCAAGCAGACAUGGUCAUAUUGGACAUGCAAAUGGAACCCUGA